AUGUUUCCCGCCGCUAUUCGCGGUGCUCGCCGGCUCACGUCAUGCCCCGUCAGCACCGUCUACGCGCGUGGCUUCGCGGCGUCGCAAAACAGUCUGCAAAGCACUCCAGAAGCCCCUCCGCCAUCAUCCAAGCCCGACCCGCCUGCAGACCUCAACACAGUGCUGGAGCGCAACAUGAACACGCUGCUGGUCACGGAGCUGCUGCGCGGCAUGGGCCUCACGCUCAAGUACUUCUUUGAUAAGAAACUCACUAUCAACUACCCGUUUGAGAAGGGCCCGCUGAGUCCGCGCUUCAGGGGCGAGCACGCCUUGAGGCGCUACCCCACCGGCGAGGAGCGCUGCAUCGCCUGCAAGCUCUGCGAGGCUGUGUGCCCGGCCCAAGCCAUCACGAUUGAAGCAGAGGCCCGUGAGGAUGGCAGCAGGCGAACCACGAGGUACGACAUAGACAUGACCAAGUGCAUCUACUGCGGGCUGUGCCAGGAGGCGUGCCCCGUGGACGCCAUCGUCGAGGGCCCCAACUUCGAGUUCGCCACCGAGACCCACGAGGAGCUGCUGUAUGACAAGGAGAUUGGAGAAUGGGGACCGGUGGGAGACGGAGAUUGCCAACAACAUGCAGACCCAGUCCCUCUACCGCUGACCUCCUGCUUGCCCUGUAACAAUCAUGAUGAUGAUGACAUGAGCAUUGUCAACUGUUACUUAGAUGCGAUGCAAUGCAAUGCUUCUGUUUUGUUGCAUAUUGGAAUUAAGGUUAAUUCGGGUUGCUCCAAUAACCAUACAGUAUAUAGUGCUAGAUCUACACUAUAG